AUGACUCUGCUGUUAACAACGAGACCGAAGGCAGCAGGCGGGUUAGGGUCCGGAGAAGGGUCGGUUCGGUAUGCAAGCAGAACCAGUAAAGAGAUGGUUAAUAAGAGAGGAAGGGGAAGGCCUAGGAAAUAUGACAAUGGUGUUCCAAUCAGUAAUGGCUCAGUUGAAGCUUUGCCACCUCCAACGGCAGCGUAUUGUUCGACAAAACGACCUUGGGGACGGCCUAAGGGCACUGGCAAGUUUCAGGCGUUGGCUUCCACCGGUGAAUAUAUGGACACUGCAAGAAGAAGCUUUACACCUCAUGUACUACCUAUGUACAAAGGAGAGGAUCUUGUUGAUAAGAUAGUAUCGUUUUGUGCAAGGGCUUGUCAUUCGGUUUGUGUUCUUACUGCUAGUGGUGCUGUCUCCAGUGUUACCCUCUGUGCCCCUGAUUCUUCUGCAGGAACUUUCACGUAUGAGGAGAGGUUUGAAAUUCUUACUCUCACCGGUUCUUCUGUUGUGUCCGGUGAAGUGGGGACCAUCACAAAACCGCUUAUUCUUGCUAGUUUCAAGCAAAACAUUGGUCGAGAAAUCCGACGGAAGUAUUGCGGAGGAGCAUCGACAUCAGCCAAUAUUAUUUCCAGUUCAUAA